AUGGGCGCGGAAGACACUGGGAGUGGUGGGCUACCAGCCUCUCCCUCAUCCUCUAAUCCACGAAGAACCGGCGGCAGCCAGUCUAUCGCUCGAGGCGCCAACACACAAGGCUACGACGAACAAUCACCUCUACUAAACAAUGACGCCAACAAUGUCCAUGGGGGAGCGGACGAUUCACAGGUCACAAAGAGCAUAUGGUAUUUGCUCAUAUUGACCAUCAGCAUUGGUGGUCUCCAGAUCGCAUGGUCUGUCGAGCUUUCAAACGGAUCACCAUAUCUUCUAUCCCUUGGCUUGAGCAAGUCUCUCAUGGCUCUCGUCUGGAUUGCUGGACCCUUGACCGGCACCCUUGUUCAGCCAUAUGUGGGUAUGCUCAGCGACAAUUGCCGCCUGCCCAUGGGUAAGAGAAAACCGUUCAUGAUCGGGGGAUCUGUUGCCACCAUCCUCUCCCUCUUGUUUCUUGCAUGGGCCAAAGAGAUUGUCGGUGGUGCUGCUGGACUCAUGGGUUUUGACCCAGAGUCUAAAGAUGUGAAAACAACAACUAUCGUGGUCGCAGUCAUUGGUGUUUACGUGCUCGAUUUCGCCAUCAACACUGUCCAGGCGUCCAUUCGUGCUUUCAUCGUCGACUGUGCGCCAGCUCACCAGCAAGAAUCUGCCAAUGCCAUGGCCAGUCGGAUCACCGGAUUUGGUAACAUCGUUGGAUACAUUGCUGGAUAUGUUGACUUGACCCGUCACCUUGGCUUCCUUGGGAGGACGCAAUUCCAGAUCCUCUGUGCCAUCGCAUGUUUUGCCCUUGCCUUGACCGUGUUUGUGAGCGCCGCCUUCAUCAAGGAGAGGGAUCCCCGGCUUGACGGCACCGCCAAAAAAGAACAACAAGGCGUUUUCUCCUUCUUCUUCACUAUUUUCAAGUCGAUCAAACGCCUUCCGCCUCAGAUCAAGAGGGUAUGCGAGGUCCAGUUCUGCGCCUGGGUCGGCUUCUUCCCUCUGUUGUUCUAUACGUCCUCAUAUAUCGGAGAGAUCUACGUCGAGCCAUACCUCCAAGCGAAUCCCCACAUGUCUCCGGAACAGCUCAACAAACUGUAUGAGCAAGCGACCCGCAUUGGUACCUUUGCACUUCUCAUCAACUCGAUCGUGAGCUUGCUCACAAAUGUAUUCCUUCCGUUUUUCAUUGCGCCAACGUACGAUAGCCAGCCAGUCACCGGUAUUCCGGGAGAGAGCCCUGCAGGUUACUAUGACUCGGACGAAGAUGAGAAGCCCUCUUGGUUAGACAAGCUGGCCAUUCCGGGCCUGACCCUCAAGCGUGCUUGGUUUCUGUCCCUCCUUCUUUUUGCUGGGUGCAUGUUCGCCACGCUUUUCGUCCGGACCGUAAAGGCGGCCACCGUGCUUGUUGGCCUUGUUGGUAUCACCUGGGCGAUGACACUGUGGGCUCCAUGGGCCAUCAUCAGUGCCGAGAUCAGCCGGAGAGAUGCCCUGAUACGAGCUCAAAAGAUACGAUUGGCGGCCGCCAGAGCAAACAAUGACGGUACCGCAGAUGACGAGGAGGAAGAAAUCGAUCAGGCUGGAGUGAUCCUCGGCAUCCACAACAUGGCGAUUGCGGCACCUCAAAUCAUUGCUACUGUUGGUUCCAGUAUCAUCUUCAAGCUCUGGCAGAAGCCCAGAGGCACACCGGGAGACCACAGUAUUUCUAUUGUGUUCGCUCUUGGUGGAGCUUGUGUCCUGAUCGCAUCAUUCUUCGUUGCCAAGAUCAAGGAUGAUGCUUCCAUGCCAGCUGAUGUUAUGAUCGAAGCCGAACAGGGUCGGAGUGGGACAGAAGAGGUCCCGGAACGCCGACCUCUCAGCAGGCGCAAGUCUACCAAAGACCAGCUUCCUAGAGCAACCCAGGCCAGGGCCACACUGACACGACACAAGAGUUUCGGAGGUGCCGAAAUGCACUAA